AUGCCUCCCGCAACACCCGCCAACGACGAGUCGCACCAGCUGCUCCUCAAUCAGAUGGACAUUGCAAAUGUUGCCAAGCCUUUCCGCAACCCAAACUGGAGACCCUCCCAACGCCGCAAUAAGAACGUCAAGCAGAUCGUCUCCGAGACCUCACGAAAGGAAGCCUCCGUGAUGGCUACCCAGGCCAACUCCGGCGCAACCACGCCCUAUCCCGCUACAUCUGGCGCCGUGACAACCGAUGGAGCACAGACACCUGCCGAGGGAGUUGGUAAAGCUCCCAACCUGGCGCAGGCUGCCCAGAACCUCUCCACGCUGGUCCUUGAGAAGAACGCCCGCGCCACGUUCCCGUCUGGUCCGACUGUCACCUACACGAACAUCGAGUCCGCGCCUUCUCUCAAUCCAUCUUACCACCGUAACUACUGCGAUCUCACCGGUCUCUCGGGCCCCUACACCGAUCCGAAGACCCGCCUACGGUACCACAACAAGGAGAUCUUCGGCGUCAUCCGCACCCUGGCCCAGGGCGUGCCAGAAACCUACCUCGAGGCACGCGGUGCGCAUACAAUUUUGAAAUAA